GCGCCCGCCAUGUUGUGUGGCCCUUUCGGGCGGCCGGGCCAGGCCAGGCGCCAGGGCCGGGGAUGGCGGCGUCCUCCACCUCCUCUUCCUCGUCGCCGUCCUCCUCCUCCCCCCCUCCCCAGUCCAGCAACUGGCUCUCCGGGGUGAACGUGGUGCUGAUCAUGGCCUACGGGAGCCUGGUCUUUGUGCUACUCUUCAUAUUUGUCAAGAGGCAGAUCAUGCGCUUCGCCAUGAAGUCCCGCCGUGGCCCCCAUGUGCCAGUUGGGCAGCACGCGCCAAAGGGCCUGAAGGAGGAGAUUGACAUCCGACUAUCGCGGGUUCAGGACAUCAAGUAUGAGCCCCGGCUGCUGUCCCACGACGACACUCGCCUCCUUCAACUGGAGUCGCCUCGAAGCCCAUUUUGCUAUAACUACAUGUACAGGAUGAAGGCCUUGGACGCUAUCAGGGACUCAGAGAUCCCCUUCUCCUCUGAAGGCAGGCACCCCAGAUCCUUGAUCGGGAAGAACUUCCGCGCCUACCUGGUGGACCUUCGGAACUCCAGCACCCCCUUCAAAGGUGUCCGCAAGACUUUGAUUGACAUACUCCUGGAUGGGUAUGAGAGUGCCCGUUACGGCACAGGGACUUUCGGGAGGACAGAAUUCCUCAAGUACCAGGAAGCUCUGUAUGAGCUGGCGGCAAUCAUCAAGGCCCGAGGAGGCAGCAGCCAGAGGCAGCACCAGUCCGCAGCCAAGGACCUGACCCUCUCGCCUGACCUUUCCGGCCCAACCACCAUCCAGGUCACCUACUUGCCCUCCAGCCAGAAGAGCAAGAGAGCCAAGCACUUCCUGGAGCUCAAGAGCUUUAAGGACAACUACAACACUCUGGAGAGCACCCUGUGAUCCUCACCCUCGAUGCACAACAGGGCGAGGGCUUUCUCCCUUCUCAGUGGGGCUGGCCUGCUGUCGGUUGGCCCGCCAGGACCAAGAAGACUCUUCUCACCCUGCCUCUCUUUUUUGGCUUGUGCGCUUGGCCUGCCAUUAGCUGCUGCCAGGUGGCAUUUCGGUGGACAGUCCAAUGCGAAGCAUGUUGCUGCUUUGGGGUGGGGAGCGACUUGAGUUUUCCCUUCCCUCUGCCACCCCGUGUGGUCUUGUAAAUAUAUCAGUCAGUUACCUCUUUUAUUUAUUUAAAAAGACUCAACCUCCCAGGCAUGCCUCUCUCUCCCUACUGCCCGCCGAAGGCGCCGAGAAAGAGCAGAGGGGCUUCUUUUAGUCAUUUCAUUAAUUCUGGCACCUCGUCCUCCAUCCUCUUUCACCAUGGGGACAUUGUUUCUGUCCUUUCCCCCCUUUUCCAAUAUCAUUUCCUUCCCUCCAUUCUUCCCCAUCUCUACCUUCCAGCCAGCGAGGAAAUAGUGAAGGUCCACACCCACGAGCACAAGAGGCGGUUGGGUUGUAAAACAGCCACAUUGGGGCCGCUGUUUUUCUGCAGUGCCGUUUUGGAGCGUCGCGACGAAAUGGCUGCUUACCGCCGUGGGUCAGGCCGGGGCCCAUUUCCCUUUUUGUCUACUUGCCGUCGAUGCGCUGGAACGUCAGUGUCCCCAACCCCAACACGACUGAGGGGGUGUCCCGUUCCCCCCGCCAAGCUGGGUCUCGGCACAACAAGCCUUGCUCGCCCCUCUUCAGCCUUGAGGGGCGGGCAGGGGCAGAGAGAGAGAGCUGGACUGUCCUUGUCUGUUUCUGAAAACGUCUCUUUAAUAAAGCAGACACUUGCACAGCCAUGGGCUCCUGGUUAUCUCUUAUGCAAAAGAGCAGUGCUGACUUGGACGAAGUUCCCGGGCCCAUCUCUUCUCUGUCUCCAGGAACUUUGAGUCACACCUGGAAGGGCCUCCUAGGAUAUGCACCCCGUUGCCAUUGAAAAAGAUUCCCCGCAUCUGCUUUUAAAAGACACAAGUGUUGACUGGUUCCUACUUCAAGGAGAGAGAAAGCCAGCAAGAAGAGCACAGCAAAGCUAAGGACUAGAGAGGGACUUCCCCAUGGCUGCAUGAGAUUUGAAGGUGGGAGAGAGAGAGAGAGAGACUUUGUUGCCCUCACACAAGCACAUAUGCUUUCUUCCUUGUUCUCUGGGACUUCAAACUCCCAAUCUUGGGGCUGUGUCAUCCUAAGCCCACAUGGUUUGUGUUGCUCUGGGGUAUAUCAAGGGUAAGGGGGCUGUGGCCCUCUACAUGCUGUUAGACUACAACUCCCAUCAUCCCCAACCAUGCCGGCGGGAAAUGUAGUCCAACAAUAUGGAGGGCCACAGGCUCCCCUUCCCUGCUUUAAUAUGCAUUUAAUAUGUGAUUCCUGAUUGGUUGGGACAUGUGUCUAGUUCAGGGGCUUCCUAUGGCCUUCCUCCAGAUGUUGCUAGACUCCCAACUCCCAUCAUCUCUGCCUGAGUCUAAUGGGAGUUUGAGUCCAACACCAUCUGGAAGGAGGACCACAGGUUGUCACCCCUCCAUCCCUGCUGUAUCAAAGUAAAGGCCAGAUUUCCACCCUCGUCAGUUUUGAAUGUUUUCGCUCAGGGGCCUUUUCUGUUCAGCAUCAAUAACUGAAUUUAAUACUCCGUGGAAAUUUGCAUCAUAUUUCAACAAAUCCCUUCUUCAAAAUUCACACUGCUCCCAAAUUUUGAAAUAUCCUCUGGCCCAGGAAUUUAGACGAAACUGCAUAUACUGGGAGGGUGCAUUUUAAAAAAAUGCCUGUAUUAGUGAUGGUAACCUACACAAAUGCAUUGUAUUUGGGGAAAAUGUGCUUUGCAAAGUUAUAUAGAAAUGUGUGUAUUUUAGGAGAAAUAAAUGCCAGUUUUCAUGA